AAACUAUGAAGCACACAACAAAGCACAGACCAAGAAGUAUGCCAAAUGCAAGUAUGAAUUUAUGGCAAGAAACAACAGUGAGCUUUCUGUCAUGAAAGAAGAAUUAUUUCAGAUUCUGGAUGACAGAAAGCAGUGGUGGAAGGUUCAGAAUAAAAGUGGCAGCACAGGCUUUGUGCCAAACAACAUUUUGGACCUUCUGAGGAAUCAAGAAGGCAGUCUAGGAUGGUCAGAGCCUGCAUAUACCCGCACCAUCCAGAAACAAAGGACGGACUAUGUUGCAAAACAACCUGAUCCAGUUCCUGCUACACCUUCACCUCCUCCAACACCUGCUCCUGUCCCUGUGGCUGUCCCCCUCCCUCCUACUGCCCCAGCACCCAUACCAGUUCCUGUGCCCAAAGCGCCAGCGACCAUCAGCCGCCAAAGCAGCACCUCUAGUGACAGCGGUGGCAGUGUUGCCCGAGACACCCAGAGGCAAAAGCAAGUUCCUGUGGAUCGCAGGAAAUCACAGAUGGAGGAGGUGCAGGAUGAACUCGUUCACCGGCUCACCAUUGGCCGGACUGCUGCUCAGAGGAAGUUCCACGUGCCACGACCAAACAUCCCAGUAGUGAACAUCACAUACGACUCUUCGCCUGAGGAUGUGAAAGCGUGGUUACAGUCCAAAGGCUUCAACCCUGUGACUGUCAACAGCCUUGGUGUGCUGACGGGUGCUCAGCUUUUCUCCCUUAAUAAAGAGGAAUUGAGGACUGUUUGCCCAGAAGGGUCUAGAGUCUACAGCCAAAUUACGGUACAGAAAUCUGCCUUGGAGGCUAACAGUGGUAGUUCAGAACUGCAAGAAAUUAUGCGAAGACGACAAGAAAAAAUCAGUGCAGCCGCCACAGAUUCAGGUGUGGAGUCCUUUGAUGAAGGAAGCAGCCACUAAAUGUGUUUCCUCUUUUCUUUAAUUCUGUUUUUCCAUGGCAUUUUACCAUCCAGCUUUUCUUUAGUAAGCAGUGAAGAGGAAUGUCUUACUAUAUUGUAAACGUAAUUAGGCACCAUAAAGAAAAAUCACAGUAGUCUCUACAAAAGUACCUGCUGCUGGCUUCUCAUCGUUAAAAAUGCACAAAUGAGAAAUUCAGUGAAGGUUCUGGACAGGUUAAAAUAUUGGCAUGUGAUUCAUUUACACCCAAAGAGGAGUCUUGGCUUUGUGGAAUUAACGUGACAGAUAAACUGGAACACAUCUUUGUUUGUGAUUCAUCCGAGGGAAGCUGAGCCAGCAAUAAAAAAGCAUUUGACCCCUUCAGUAAUAAUAAGAUUUUGAAUCCCAUCCCUUGCUGCAAUGUGCAAUUAGGUAUUUUUGGCUCAGUCUUUCUUGUCAUUCGUUUGGCUGCAGUAUGUUUCCUUAAGUCGUUGAUGCCAGCAA